AUGAGCCCACAAGCUGAGAAUCUAUAUAACUUCCCGCCCGAUUCACAGGAGGUAUCUGGUUCGGGCAUUAGACGAUCUUUUCAGGAUCCCUCGAAUCAUUUUGCAACUCAGCUCCUCUGCUUGAGCGAUGGGACAUACAGAAUUCCCUCUCAACCUGAUAACAGUUUCGCACUUCCAGAACCCCCAGCAUGCUCCGAUAUCAACUCUGAUUGGUCUAACAACGCUACGCUCGCACCCAUAGGCGAUCAGUCCGAAAUCUCACAGUGGUCAAUUCCAGGUGCCACGGACAGCUUCUCUCUGGCAUGCGUGCAAGCUGAUGAUUACAAUGAGAUGGCAUUCGUGAACAGUGCACCUCAUGAAAGUCGAGCAGGCCGACCAAGGAAACAAUCAGGCUCUGGGACUUCACAGUGUCCAAAGGAGAGACGCAGAGAACAAGAAAGAGCACACGGAACUGUUAACUAG